AGAAGCGACGGCGCAGCGCGGUGCGGAGCGGCUCCGGCUCCCCUUUCCCCCUUGCAGGGCGAGAGGUGUCUAUGGGGCAUCCGCUGCUGCCGCCGCCGCCGCUACCGCCACCGCCACUGCCGCUGGGUGCUGUCUCUAUGGCGAGGAGGAGAAGGAGGAGCGCGAGCUCAGUGACACAAGACACCGAGUUUCCAGGUGUGGUUGCAAGACCUAUUGGAGAAUUCAGGAGCAAUGCUGACUAUCAGUACCAACUAUUGCGAUGUAAUGUAGACUUGUUAAAGAUAAUUCAGCUAGGACUGACAUUUAUGAAUGAGCAAGGAGAAUACCCUCCAGGAACUUCAACUUGGCAGUUUAAUUUUAAGUUUAAUUUGACGGAGGACAUGUAUGCCCAGGACUCUAUAGAGCUACUAACAACAUCUGGUAUCCAGUUUAAAAAACAUGAGGAGGAAGGAAUUGAGACCCAGUACUUUGCAGAACUUCUUAUGACAUCAGGAGUGGUCCUUUGUGAAGGGGUCAAGUGGUUAUCAUUUCAUAGUGGUUAUGACUUUGGCUACUUAAUCAAAAUCCUGACCAACUCUAACUUGCCUGAAGAAGAACUUGAUUUCUUUGAGAUCCUUCGAUUGUUUUUUCCUGUCAUUUAUGAUGUGAAGUACCUCAUGAAGAGCUGCAAAAAUCUCAAAGGUGGUUUACAGGAAGUUGCUGAACAGUUAGAGCUGGAACGGAUAGGACCACAACAUCAGGCAGGAUCUGAUUCAUUGCUUACAGGAAUGGCCUUUUUCAAAAUGAGAGAAAUGUUCUUUGAAGAUCAUAUUGAUGAUGCCAAAUAUUGUGGUCAUUUGUAUGGCCUUGGUUCUGGUUCAUCCUAUGUACAGAAUGGCACAGGGAAUGCAUAUGAAGAGGAAGCCAACAAGCAGUCAUGACAUGAAAUAGUUCUUUUUAAUUUUUUUUUUUUUGAGCUACACACAUGCUUGUAUAUAGGUUUUAUCUCUUGUUGAAUCCCUUGAAUGGUAGACAGUACUUUAUUUUUCUUUCAUAGCUCUUUUUAUUUUCUACCUUUCAGUACUAAGUAUAACCAUUCCUAUCUCAGAUCUUAAAUAGAAAAGCAUUCAGGUUAAAUUUGGCCUUAACAUACUUGUUGGCAGGCGUGUGUGACAGAGUGGGAAAACUACAUCAUAUAAACUUGACUUACUUGAGCUUGGUUUAUUUUUUUCCCAUUCCUAAAUGAACUAGCACUGUUUGUAAUUUAUUUCCCUGUUUCAUGUCUCCCUUCCAUUCUGCAGGAGUUUUAGCUAUUUGAGAUUGUGGACCAUCAAUUUUGCACUUUAGAGAGUGAUUCUGACUCAAAUCCUCUUAUCAGACAUUUUGGUUUUUCUUGCUCUUAGCUGGAAAAAUGACCAUCUGCCAACUUGAUACAGUAUUUACUUGUUAUUGACCCAUGGAAUAUAAGACAUGCAUUGUGCAAAUGGUUGAUUCAGCAAGACUACAAAAAAAAGACAACUACUGAGGAGCUUAGUCACUGCUGUUUCUGUACGUAGUGUUUAAUCUUCUAAGCACAUCUAGUGUCUGUCAGUUUCUAAUUGGCAUGUAUAGGCUGCUCUGUGACUGAAGAAUUUUUCAAACCAGCUUUACACCCUUCAGGAAUAAUCCCUUGUGAUUGGAUGUUAUUGUCUGCCAGGAAACUGGUAUCCAGGAUGUUGAAGCUGCAGUUAUUUUAUGAUAGCACACUUCCCUUAAUCUUCUUUUUAUUCUCUCUCUGUUACCCUUAUUUUUAAUUUUAAAAAACUUUUAUAGCCAUACUUACGAUGCUCUUGAUUUGUUGAUUCCACAAAUCAAUUUCAUUCAAGUCCAAAGAUAACAAGUCUUUAGGUAUAUUUGUACCAAAUUAAAUUAGAAGACAAAAAAUUGUGCUUUCAUAGUUGUUACAGAGAUAAAUAAUGGAGAGAUUUGGUGCAGAACAACAAAAUACAAAAGUAUAUAUAUGUAUUAGCUAUAUGUAUACAGCUAAUACAUAUAUGUAGCUCAUAAAAUUACCUGAGGAGUGUAAUGCUUGUUUAUUUUUUUGUGUGUAUCUUUGCAAUCUAUUUUAUAUAUAUUGACAAAAAAGACUGUGAAAUAUUUAGCCAUGCAGAAUAUGUGACCAGACCAGAGCACGUGUAGGAGGACAUUCUGAUAACGAAUAACUCUACCCUGAAGUGAUGGACUACAAUUUAUGAUGUGUAUUAUCUACACUUCAAUCAGUAAUAUUAGCAAAUCUCCAAAUGUUAGCCACAUUGGUUUGUUUUCCUUGACAUUCUUUAUUCAUGACAUUACAAUGCUGUAACUGGGUGGUCCUUUUUAAACAAAACAUUAUUUGCAAAACAGAGGGUAUUAUUUGUUUUUAAAGCUUUUUGUAAAUAAAGGCUUCAGAAAUGUUUUCUUAUAUAUGUUGAUGACUGGUAAUUUUGUUUUGGAAAUAUUUAUUUUGGGGGUAUUGUUUUUGGGGGGCAGCUGAACAGAACUCAGUAACUUCAUUAACCAUAGCCAAUUAUUAGUCUCUUAAUUGAGAAAUCAAUUUGAGCCUUCUGCAUUUCAACAGUGUUGGCUUAUUCUUUAUCAAUACCUCAACUGGACAUUAAGAAUCAAUUUCUUUCUCCUUUCCAGGAAUGCAUUUAUUCUGAAAGAUUUACAAAGUAAAUGCAUUUGAUACAACUGUGGCUUCUUUUUAAAGCUGACACAAUAUAGCAGAUAUCUAAUUGGUUUCUUUUUAUUUUGAUCUUCACCUCAGAAAAAAAAGGAAUCAUAAAGACUGUUGAAAGCUGCUUAGUUGCUGAAUUGCAUAGUUUGUAUCAAUUAUGGUUUCUGUCUGUAAGAAGUGAUAUUUUAUAACUUCUAUAAGAGGAACAUUAUGACCUUUAUUAAAUCUAGGUUUUGGAUAAGAGAUAUUUGGCUGAUAAAUUUUGUGUUCCUGAGCCAUUAAUUCUGGACUCACCAUAUUCUGUUAAACCUAUUAGAGCAAGGGUCAGCAAACUACAGCCUGCAGGCCAGAACCAGCCUGCUGUCUAUUGUAUGGCCAGUAAGAUGAGGAUGGUUUUUACAGUUUUAAAAUGGUUGGGAAAAAAUUAAUAUUUCCUGACAUGUGAAUAUCAUGAAAUUCAAAUUUUAGUGUUCAUAAAUAAAGUUUUGCUGGAAUGCAGCCACGCUCAUUAUUUAUGAACUGUCUGUGACUGUUUUUGCACUACAGUGGGGAAGCUAAGUAGCUGCUACAGAAACUGCCUAUGACAUUUUCAUCAUUUCACAUUUCUGUUUGGUAUGCUAAAAAUCAGUGAUGUUGAUUAUGACUUGACAGCAUUUGGAGUGCUGUCUCUGUACCACAAUAUUUUAUUAUUCUUUCUGUUACCAAUUCAUAUCCAUGGUGUCAAAAAAAAAAUGCUCUUUGAAUGGUUUGCUUUUAAGGCACUUUGAAGUAUGGAUUAUCAUAUCAAAUUAUAUGUUAAAGAUUGUUUAUCAUACAAUGAUACUAUGACUAUGCUAAAAAUAUACAUUAUAUGUUGACAUAACCAGCCUAAGGACUCAUCACAAUAUUCCCAACUUAUGGGAAAGCAACAGUCAGAAUUAGAAAUUUUAAAGUAGCUCAUCACAGCAUAAUUACUUCACAAAAAUAAAAAAUGAAAAUGUGGCCCAUUUGUUAGACAAGCAAAGCCAUUUACUGAUGGUGAGUUAUAUCAUGUUUUUUUAAUGCAGUAGCACAAAGAAAUGCAUCCUGAGAAAAAAAAUACACAAGACUUUUGAUGAGAACAAUUGCUCAAAGAGUGAGGAAAUUGGGCACAAAAUCAACACAUAAUUAUAAAACAAGAUAAAUGAUUUUGAGUAUUUUUCUUUGGCUAUUAAGUCAGUACUGCCUAGCUGUUACUUAAGAAAUCAAUGUUGAGUGAAGUGACUGAAGAAUUUGUUUCUAUUAAUAGUCUGGAACAACUACAGGUGAGAACAUUUUCAAAGGAGUUGAGGAGCUAGUAAGUCACUACAAUCUAACGGGUCAUCUACUAAGAUACACAACUGAGGGUAAAAAUAUGCAUGGAUCAGAAAAAGGUUCAGUUGGUUAAAUUUAAAACUUGUGAAAACGAAAGGUGCUUUGACAGGGGCCCAUUUUCACUUGUGUUAUACACCUUUCUUCAAAACAAGACUGAACAUUGUUCAUUGUUAGCUGGUGUCUUAUAUUACUGCAAAGAUCAUGUAGAAAGAGUAAACAUACUAGCUUAAAUUUUUAUGAAAAUGGUUUAUAAAUCCUUUGUAUUUGAUUUCCUUAGUAAAGGCAGUUUUGUCAAAUGUAUGCCAUAUUUCCAGUACUUGUCUUUUGAUUACAGUGUACUUGAGUUAUAUAGUCUAUUUCCAGUUGUCCUCAGAAUCAUUUAACUACUAAUGAGUAAUUACCUCUUCCUGCCAUCUACCUCUUCUCAAAAGACCUAUGUUAUGACCAGGUUGUAGACAGGAAUUUUGCCUGUAGCAGCUCUGAUAGACUAUUAGGAAAAGUGUAUCUGUAAAGCAAUUUAGAUUGUCUGUGCAAAGGCAACUUCAUAUAGACAACUAAUAAAGGUGGUCAACCAGAUUUUAUUAUGGUAUAACAGGAGGGAAUUAAUGGAUAAGCACUUCCUUGAAUGUCUCAUUAUUGUAUUGAGUUACACUUCUUUGUAUCUUUGAAAAAACAAAUUCUCUUUCACUGAACAAAGGCAAAUAGUAAACCAAUGUAUAUAAAGCAUCUGUAUAAUAUUUUUAAAUUAAAACAUUCUUAAAUAUUGAGAACCGAUAUGGUAGAAUCUCAAAACAGGAAAAAUAAAAAGUACCAAUUAAUGGACUGUUGGGACAGUUGAAGUAUAAGUGUGUCUUCAAGUUUGAGUUAAG